AUGUCGGACGAGCAAUUGUUGGAAGUCGAAAGAGCGUUGCUGGGAACCUCUAGUACUACAGAUCCACAGAAAAGACUAAAUGUUAUUACGAGAGGAACGUUUAGGCAAUUGCUGUCAGAUCGAGAACGCAAGCUCAAAGAAUGGUCGCCGUUUCCAAAACCGACACCAUCGACAUCGAGUUCGACAUCGAUAGAAAAUGCAACAUUAUCCGCAACCGAAAGCAACAGGGCAGAUACCAAUGUAGCGGAUUACGAAACGUGCAAGGACAACGGUAUCGAGGACGAUCUGAAAUACAUAGACGACGAGUUCUCCGAUAGCGAUACCGAUAUUAUGACGUAUAAGGUUACCGAAGAUAUGCUAACGGAAGAAGGUAAAUGGAGAUGUUCCUACAAUAACGACGAUAAUAACAGAAACAAUACUUCUGCUGCUGCUACCACCAGCAGUAAUAACGACAACAUUAUUAGCGGCAGUAAUGACCUUACAGGUUAUCAGAGGAGAAUCGACGAUGAAACCUCCGGUAUGAGCAAUAUUAACAUUACAACAUGUACAGGUUCUCUGAUGAAAAACCUUCUCGAAACGGAUAAGAGAUAUACCAUAGUAUCGUCACGUCAGACAUUAAGAGACACGCCCAACGAUCCUCAUGCUCAACAGCAGACAUCGACGGGUGUUCAAGAGCAGUCACUCGAACAACAAAUAAUUCGGGAUAAAGAUACAACGGCACAACAGCGACGGCAAAUACAUAUAAUUCAGGAUACGGAUCAAAAGCCGAUUAGGGUCUAUCACCUACAAAAGAAUUCGUCGGCAAUAGUGUUACCACUGAAACCAGUAACCGAAUCAAGUAUAUCGUCUUCCUUCUCAUCAGCAGCAGCACCACCACCGCCGCCACUACCACCACCAGCGCCAGUAGAAACACCAGCCCCAGCUCUACCAUUGUUGUUACCGCCAUUACCACCACCACCAACAACAAAACCAGCAUCGGCGCCAGCAUCGGCACCAGCAUCGGCACCAGCAUCGGCACUAGCAUCGGCACUACUGCAGCCGCCGCCGCCGCCGCCACCGCCACUGCCGUCACGACCGAUGAACGAUGCAGACCCAGACGUUAAUGUUGUGGAUCUUACGCGGUCAACAUCGCCACUACCGCCACCACCACCACCACCGUUAGCACAUCCGAACAAUUCGACUCAAGCCUCAUCAAACACAUGGCAGAUGCCAGAAAUUCGAUUGGCAGCAGGUUCCUUGUUCGCUGUACCUUAUACCUUUUCAAUACACCCUAACUACCCUAUACCCUUCUAUUUGCCAUACGAAUUGUGCAAUUAUUACAAUUCUCAGACGAACAGCAACUUCAGCGGCAACAAUACCACCACCACCAGCAACAGCAACAGCAACACCGCCACCGCCACUACAACAACGAAAGCGAACCAAGACACGGAGAGUACCAACACUAUGGCUAUAACCAUCAUCAGCAGCAGCGAAGAAGCGCACUACCGCAAAGACAGCGCCAGCGAUAUUUUCGAAAUCGAUCUAUACCGCCCUAUAUCGUAUGACCCAACUAUUGACUGCAUGACGUGGAUUGUGAUCGUGCCCCUGGUAUUGUAA